CAGGAGCGGGAGCAGGACCAGCCCUCGGAAAGGGACGGCCCCUCAACAGAGGAGGACCCUGCCCCUCUUGCCCCCCUCCCCCUCUCCACCACUUCGACGACGUCGUCCCCCUCCCUGCGGAAUGCGCUGCGCGGCCUGACCGUCGUCGUCAUGCACGUCAAGGAGACCAUGGUGGACGGGCCGCUGCCGGGGGAUGUCAUACUGGAGGAGCUGUGGGAGCAUGAGCGGGCUGGGGGGCUGGGGGUCGAGUUUGUGGUGAGUCGGGCGGGGGCGGGGUAUUUGUUUUAG